UAAGUAAUAAAUAAAAAAUUUUAAUCAAAAAAAAAAUUGUGUAAAAUUAAAUUAAGUCAAAUUAAUUUAUUACCAAAAUCGUAAUUUAAUAAAAAAUCAAAUUUUUAUUGCCAAAUAUAAUAGUGAUAAAAUUUACCAACCAUCAAUUAAAUAUAAUUAUACACAUUUUAAAAACGUCCAACCGCUCUAACACCAACAAAGUUGUUAAAUAAGUAAUAAAAAGCGCGCGACAGGUCAACAAAGGCACUACAUUUUAUGAAAUAACUAAACUUUAAUACAAAUAAUCUAGAAGCGUUUAAGAAAUAAGAAAUUUACAAAAUGAGUGACAAAUUUUAUGGUAUCUGUCCAGCCGACGAUGCGCCUUAUCCCAACUACACUGCUGUGCUGCAACAGCAACAACAACAAAUAAAUCAACUAAGUCAACUCAAUCAAGCAUUAACCGGUCUAAACUCACAAACCGCCGAGUUAACGAGCUACUACGGCACUACAGCGCCCAACACCAACACCAAUAACACAAGUGCCACUUCAGCCGUUACUGCGUCGAAUGCUUACGACGCCACCAACUCACAAAGUCGGUUACUUGGACCGAAUUUGCAUUACUUCGGCGGACCGAAUAAUAUACAACCACCACAGCAACUACUCUACAAUGGCGGUCUUGUGCCACAGCCGAAAGGUCUAACCGAAACUGGGCCUUACAACAUACCGGCCAGCAGCUUAGCGCUUACGGGUUCGAUUGGCGGCAUCGGACCCAACUUUAGCACUACAGCAGCUGGGAUGUCAUUCAGUUUCAAUCGUAAUCGUUAUAUGCCCUACAGUCGCACAACUAACACGACCGGCACAACACCAUUUCCACCGUUGAAUAGUGCGCUGACGCUACCAUCGGCUAUGCCAAGACCUUUAAGUACCCUACCGCUGACUACGGCUAUGAAUACGACCGCACAGCAAAUGUAUGCGACAUAUCAGCAAUUCGCUAAUAUUUAUCGGAGCUACUCUAAUUUGCUUAGCGGUCCACCACUGGCAAGUACAGCGGUCACAACGGCGAUGGGUGUGGGUAUAGGCACCGCUGUAAGUGCAUCAAAUGAGCACGGCAGUGUCGACAAGACUACGACUAUGUUGGCAGAUAGUAAUAGACGUGCCGUUGCAUCGAUAGCAAAUGUUGGUCCAAUUGUGGGUUGUACUGCCGGUCGACGUUGUGUCAAUUCGGCUAAUGGCGCUGCGUUGGAUGUGAAUACCAUGAUGACUGGCGGUGAGGCUAAUGCGGCGGCAAAAAAAGGUUGUGAUUUAUGCUAUAACUGCACCACUCAAUCGAUAACACUACAAAUCACCAAUCUGGAUUAUACAAUGGAGGAAGCGAGUUUACGCAAUUUCCUAAUGGGACAAUUAAAGCCGAUAACACCGGUCUUGUCGUUGGUCUUCGAAGGCAAUUCGUACGCAAAAGUCACUGUACCCGAUAUGUUUUUCGCCAAACAAGUCGUCUCGAAUUUACAUCGUAAGAAAAUCGGUCAUAAACGUAUGCUAGUCUCCUAUACACGUGACUCCUCACAGACGGAGAUCAAUACACUGCGUUGUCAAGUAGCUGGGCUCCUUAAGGACGUGCCUUAUUACACGCUACCGAUGUACAAGUUCCGUGAACUUUUUCAAGCGCGUUUCAAGACCUCAAUUAGCGUAUUGGAUCUCUACAAAAUGCCCGAUAUCUGUACGAUCAGUGUAGAUAAUAGUGAAGAGAAAUUCAUAAGCCUACAAACGGGCGUCAUAAAUUCGCUGGAGAACUCACCCUUAAUGGAGGGUCUACAACAUAGUGUACCCUAUUGUACAGUGCACUUCAAACGCGAACAACAUAAAGGUUGGGCUGAACAAGAUAUUGAACCGUUACCGAAUGUCUGGAUGACAAUAUCGGAAAUACAAAGAAUUAUCUAUCCACUAUUGAAAAAUCAUCCGGGUGACAUACCGGUCGCAUCGCUGGUUCACUGCAUCACCGGACAGAUGAACACCGAAAUCACAGCCAACGAGAACGGUGUCAAUUUGGAACACUUGAUAUGCUGUGUGCAGGGCAUACAGAUACAGGUGAAUAAUUUUGGCAUCAAAAUACUCGGUUGGCUGGAGGUGGACAAGGAGAAUUACGCCAGUUACGCGGCGCCACUUAAUGCGAGCAUUGGCGCCACCAGCGCUACGUCGUCACUAGAACGCAGUUUGUAUGCGAAGUCGGCGUGUAGCGCCAGUGAUCCAUUAUACCUGAUAUCGCGUGAGGUUAUCGAGUUGGUGAAGAUGUCACCAAAGUCUACAAUGAAAUUCAAUCGUUUCAUACCAGCCUAUCAUAAUCACUUUGGCAAACAGUGUCGCGUCGCCGAUUACGGUUACACCAAGCUGAUCGAACUAUUUGAGGCGUUGGCCACCGUCGUGCAGAUCAUUGGUGACGGCGAGAAUCGACAGAUCACCUUAACGCAUCGCACGCAAUUACGACGCUUCACCUCGGAUCUAUUGCGUAUACUGCGCGCACACGGCAACAAAUCGGUGUUGCUGUCGCAACUACCAACGAUCUUUGCACAAACACAAAAUCGCAGUUUCGACGUGACCGAUUAUGGUGUAUGCGAUAUACGCGACAUCCUGGAUGGGCUGGCCAAUUCGAAUGUGGUAGUGAUGUCACGCGUACAAAACUGCGAUGACAUGCUCAUCUCGAUGCCGAAACGUAAACAAACCAAUACCGAACUGGAGAAAACUAUAUUAUUUGCAGGCGAAAUGGUCGAACUCUUUCGCAAUGCACCACAAUACACCAUACUGUUUCAGAAAUUCGUGCGCUCAUAUCACUAUCACUUCGCUUAUCAGUGUCGCUUGAGUGACUAUGGAUUUCUGAAGUUAGCCGAUCUUAUGGAGGCCAUACAGGGUAUUGUCGAAAUGGAGCAGACGAGUGAUGAGGACAAAAAGAUAUACUUAUCACCGAAGGUGGCGCGUCGCGUCUUCGCCGAACAGUGUGAGGAGCUCGUGCACAAUAUAACGGGCAAUGCGCAGACUUGUAUGAAGUUGGAUGAGAUGUUGCAAUUGCAUAAAAAGAAGUAUGGCUAUCAAAUACAACCGCAAACUUUGGGUGUGAGCAGCAUCUCGGAAGGUGUCGAACUGAUGCCUUACAUAGAGUUGAUUGAGAAGGAGAAGGUUUUAUGGAUCAUAUGUCAUGGCGAGGAUACCGUCUUCCGUAAUCAAUGUUAUCGCGCUUGUAAACUGAUCUUAAUGCACGAAACAAAUUUGCAUACAAGCUUCAAUGAUUCUACUUCAAGUGAUACGAAAGAGAAUCAAUGCAAGAAUAUUGCGUUGAGCAGUUUGAUUGAUGAAUUCAACAAGAAAUAUGAAGAGAAGUUGAGUGAAUGCACAGUUAGGGCGAUGAAACAUCUGAUCGAGAUCUUUAAGGAGGAAGACAUUGAUUAUGUACGCAGCACAACGUUCCUGAAAUUUCUGCUCAGCAUUAUACGCCUAGUGGAAAAAAGAACUAAUGUUAUGUUAAUUGAGAUCAAGAGCUCCUUGCAUUGCAAUAUUACAACCACCUUCGAAUUUGGUUUUCCGAACCUAUUCUCUGUCCUAACUGCAUUUAACGACAUUUUUGUGAUCAAUGUCGGACUGACACAGGAGCGCAGCGAAAUUUCUUUGCAACCAAAUUACGAGCUCAACUUGAGCUCGUCAUUGAAUCGUUCGGGUAACGCAGUCAAGACGCAGGCGAGUAAACAGAAAGCAACACGCACUCUCAGGCAACCGCUUAGCGAGAAUAACAACAGUCGCAGCUAUAGUCUACAGGGACCUCCAACAAAAACGCGUGCGCUCUCGGUCGCCAGCGAGAAUAAUAAUUAUCAGCCAGCGCCAAAUUACAAAGGUAAGGUUGCGAGCGGCGCAGUAUUUCAGCCCGCUGCAAAGCCGCAACGUGCCGCCGCGCUAAAACCGAAAUCACAACCGCUACAACUACAACAACAAACACAAGCACAACAACCACAUCAACAACAACAGCAACAACAACUACAACACAUGCUACAAGCCCAACAACAAAUGCAAACUGGUCUCGGUUACGAGUCUAAAAACUUUACAGCAGUCGGCACACAUAUAAGCUAUAAUGGCAACGCUUCCAUCUAUUCGGUCGCCUCAAAUAACUCCAGUUUGAAUACAUCUGCUUCAAGUUCUUCACACAACAACGAAAAUUCAUUUAAUUCAUCUUUCGGCGCUCUAAAUAGUGCGUUGAAUUCAUCGACUUUGUCUUUAACCGAUUUGAAUGGCAGUCGAACGCAAUUGCCACCGCAAGUACCCACUACAAUUGCGUCCAAUGCGCAUAUGAGCGGUAACACGAAACUCUGGGAUCGUCGACAUGCCGCUGCUAUAGCUGCUGCUGCCGCCGCCUCGAUGUCCUACCAACAACAGGCAAUGUUGAGUGAGAAUGUGUCGGGACUGCCGUCGCUUAUAAUGUCCACAGCCGAAAGUGCGGUUAUGGAUGGACAUCGACAGCAUCAGCAUCAAAGCCUACAACAACAGCAGCAACUACAACAACAGCAAAUUUUCCCAACAUCUAUGGAACCGGUUUCCUAUGUCGAUCAGACCAAUUUGCAUUUGUAUCCGAUGUUCGAGCCACCAAAGCCCGAUACACCACCGUCCAAUAAUAUGCCUUUCUGGAUCGAUCCAAUUUGGUCGCAUAACACAGCCGACAGUGAGGCGGGACAAAAUGCUUUGCUCAACAUAAGAUUACCGGAAUUGAAAUCGUUCAAUGUAUUACCCAUGGUAUUAUCGCCUUAUACGCUUUCAAAAGCCGAAAAUAUGAAACAAAAAGUAUUUAAUUACGAGAAUCAUGAUAGAAAAAUCGCCUAAAUUAGCGUAACCAAUUAAUUAUAUAGAAAUCAAAUACCCAGUUGUUACUAAUUAGAGUGGAAAAAUGGUCUUUAAAUUGUGUACGUCCUUAAAAAAAAAAACAAAAAAAAAUCAAUUAGUUUAAGUCUUUUAUUUAAUUAUUAGUAAUUUUUAAUAAUAAAAAAUUGUAAUGUUACCACGACAUUGAAUUGAAUUGUUCGUAUGUGUAACAAGCGAUUGAGAAAUAUUGUUAUUGUAAUACCUAAAAAAUGUUUGGUAGGGUUCAAAAGUGAGAAGAAGAAAAGUAAAAUAUUUUAACCACAUUCAAUUCGUUGUAACUCUGAUUAUUAUUACGAUUUUUUUUUUAAUUAAGCCAAAAUAUUUAAAUAACAAUUUUAAAUAUUGUAUUUAUUGUAGUAAUGCAACAACAAAUGUGUCCAAAAAUAUAUUUUGUAAGUGAUUCAAAUAAAUAAAAUCGAAUGAUUGUCAUCAAAGUG